AGGAAUGGGAUAAAACAGUCCCGGUAAGUAAAAAAACUCUUCCAUUCAGUAAUUUUUAAAGCUAAGUUGGUUUGUCUAUGAUUCGCCAGCACAUGUUCAAAAUUGAAUGAUAACCGCUUGUUGAGUUUCUGAAAAAUAAACUUGGCUACAGAAAGUCCUAAUGUUUUACGUUUAGAAAUAUGGUUGAACAAUUAACACAAUCACAGGUUGCGUAUAUUUUUGGUUGGAUAUAUUACGGUUAAGAGUAGUACUAUAGUUAUAAAUUAAUGAAUUUUGGCCUCAGAACAAUACUGAAUUUCAAAUACUUGCAUGAAUCCUACAAUGCGCGCGUUUCUUCUAACAAAUCUUGGAGAAAAAGAUGGAGAGAUAUUUUGGAAGGUGAAAGCUGUUGGAAUCAGAUAACAGACUUUCCUGCGGAAUUGAGUGGUCGUGUUUUCAACCAACCUGUGAUGUUUGUUGCAGCAAGCGAUGGAAAGUAUUUAGAACGAUCAGAUUUACCAUCUGUACGCAAAUAUUUCCCUCAAGCAAAAAUUGUUCAGAUUGCUAACACCGGUCAUUGGGUUCACUUUGACGCUCCAAAUACAGUGACCAAUUUGAUUACAUCUUUCGUGUUAGAUAAAUCAUUUGAUCCUACCUCAUUUGCAGAUGUUAAAGAGAUUAAAUAA